GAUUGUCCCUGUUCUGUGUUGCGUUUCGGAUGAAGAAGUGUUCAGUGUUGUGCUUGCUGGGUCUGUUGGCCCUGGCAGGUGCCAAAUUAACCGUCCGGCAGGAUGACCACGACCACGACCACGAUAUGCCGGCUUUGGAUUGGUGGGAGAACGGAGUGUUCUAUCAGAUUUAUCCACGGUCAUUCAAGGACUCGAACGGUGAUGGUGUAGGGGAUAUCGCUGGCAUUUUGGAAAAAAUGGAUCACCUGGCCGAGCUGGGUGUAACGGGAGUGUGGUUCAGUCCGCUGUUCAAGUCACCGAUGAAGGACUUUGGGUACGAUAUUUCCGAUUUCAUGGACGUGGAUCCAACGUUCGGGACGUUGGCCGAUCUGGAACGGUUGUUUGCUAAGGCGAAAGAGCUGGACAUCAAGGUGAUAUUGGACUUUGUGCCGAAUCAUACGAGCGAUGAGCACAAGUGGUUCCAGGAGGCGCUGGCCGGCAAUAUCUCGUACGUGGAUUACUACGUGUGGAAGGAUGGUAAAGCCAAUGGUGAACCACCGAAUAAUUGGCAAUCCGUGUUCCAUACCGACGCUUGGACCAAACCGGUCGGUCAGACCAAGUACUAUCUGCAUCAGUUCGACAAGGGUCAACCGGAUUUGAACUACGAAAAUCCCAAGGUCAAGGACGAGAUGAAGACAAUGAUCGAAUUCUGGUUCGAAAAGGGAGUGGACGGAUUCCGAAUUGAUGCCAUCAACCAUGCCUACGAAGACGAACGAUUCCUGGAUGAACCAAUUAUCGAUACAAACAAGGGGCUGUUCUACGAAAAUAUGGAACACAAGUACACUAUGAAUCAGAACAAAUCAUACGACUUGAUUUAUGAUUGGCGUGAGGUGUUUGAUCAAUGGUCCACCAAGACGAAUAAGACCAAACUGAUGAUGACGGAAGCCUAUGCCGAUCUGGAGCAUACCAUGCGUUGGUAUGGUGACGGCAAACGUAACGGUUCGCACUUCCCGUUCAACUUUGCCAUGAUCAAUGGACUGUCCAGCAGUUCCAACGCUGCUGAUUUAAAAUCGGUCGUCGAUCAGUGGCUGGAAAACAUGCCAAAGGGAGCGCAGGCCAACUGGGUUUUGGGAAAUCAUGACCGUCCGCGUAUUGCAUCUCGCUUUGGUCCAGAACGUGCUGCCAGUUUUGCCAUAAUGGAGUUGACUCUACCGGGAAUUGCUGUGGUCUACUAUGGAGAGGAAAUCGGUAUGGAGGACUUCCGGGAUAUCUCCUUCGAGGACACACAGGAUCCUCAGGCUGCCAAUACCAACAAAGAGAUAUAUCAGCUGUACACACGUGACCCGGUGCGGACACCAUUCCAAUGGGAUGCUACGGCAUAUGCUGGUUUCACAGCUGCCACUACCCCGAAGACCUGGCUGCCGGUUCAUCCCAACUACAAGGACCUGAACUUGGCUGCCCAGAAGGCAGCACCGAAGAGCAUCUUCAAGUUGUACAAGCAUUUGAUUCAGCUACGUAAGGAUCACACCUUCAUGUACGGUGACUUUGAAUCGAAGGCCCUGAUCAACAACGUGUUGGGUUACACGAGAAAGUUGGCCGAUCACAAAUCGUACGCCGUUGUGAUGAAUAUGAAUUCGGCCGAGGUUCAGUUGAACAUGAAACACUUGGACGGUGAGGCAGAGAAGCUGAAGGUUGUGGCCAGUACGCCGGAGUCGAAGUUUGAAGUCGACCAGGAAGUGACCGACGUGCAGAACAUGACAUUAGAGAGCUACGAUGCGGUGGUGUUUGAGAUCAUCACGGCUGGCAGUGCUGCCAUCACCGGUUCGUUGAUGUUGAUUUUGGCGUCUGUGUUGAGAUGUUUGUUCCAAUAGUGAUUUAGUUCGGAGAUUAAUUUAUUUAUUGUUUGGUCG